AUUAGUUGUUUGUAAAACAAACAAACAAACAAAACAAUAAUAUUUGCAAUAUAGGACUUACCUGUUUAAACAUUUUUUGUCAGAAGAAGUGAUUGCUUUUUAAAGGGAACCUCAGAGUUAAAGACUUGCAGGCUCUAAUAAGCCACUCUUCUCUUUUACUAAAAUAUGUCAUUAGAAACACAUAAAAUAUUGCCAAUGAUUUAAAAGUCUAUAAUAUUUAGUACAUGUUUUGACCGACAGAGUGCGCCAUGUUUUUAUGCCUGCAAUGGACACUCGGGGUGAUGACAAAGAUUGUCACUGUGACUCGACCAAUACUACUGAGUUACUGCAAUUCCUUCCACACACGGAGACGUCCAACACAUGCGCUCAUUGGUUAAAAGCGGCGGGUACUUACUAUUUGUAUUUUUAUUGAGUCUUUUAUUACCUUUACAUUGCCUCAAAAUACUUUUUGCAUGUGUUCCCUUCUCAUACUUUUAAGCAUUGUGUUUUUUCUUGUGGUAGUUUUAAAGCAGAUCGUUGAUCCGUUGACCACAUUAGUCACAUAGCAUAUUUAAAUCGUCCUUAUUUGAUAUUACUAUUAGAGGUGGGAAUCUUUGGGCACCUAACGAUUCGAUUACGAUUCCGAUUCAGAUGCUAUGAUUCGAUUAUAAAUCGAUUAUUGAUGACCAGUGUUGUUAAUUUUACUUUAAAAAAGUAAUUAAUUACAGUUACAAAUUACUUCUCCCAAAAAGUAAUUGCGUUAGUAACUCAGUUACCUGAAUGUAAGAGUAAUUAGUUACUUGGCAAAGUAACUAGUGAUAUUUUUUUUUUCCUCAAAAAAAUAAAAAAAUUUAAAAAAACAGGUCACACAAUGUGAAGCUUAAAGGGUUUGGGGGACAAUUGGCCCAAGCCCAAUUCUUUACCCUCCACUUAACUAGACACAAGGGUAUUGCGAUAACUAGCUAGUAACCUUUGCUAUGUGUGGAAGUCAUUUAAAGUUGUGAAUCAAUCGUUAAAGUUGUUAAAAUUUUUCCCGUUAUUGCAUUAGUUCCCUUCUGUCUACUUUAAACAUGUGUAAGUUUUUAAACUGUUUCAUCAUUUAAAGAUAGAUUUAAGUUAAGAUUUUGCCGAUUUAGGAGCAUUUUAGAUUAAAAAAAAAUUACUUAGGUUCGCUAGGAAGGAUCUCUACAUCAGGGCCUUCCUGAGAGGUCUACUGCUUUAAGAUGGCGGCUGUUUACAAACGCAUGUAGUCCUUAAAACAUGUUGGCAAUGCAGCAGUGUCUGUCAUCUGCAUCUAGUUCUAUAAUAUGAUAUCUACCUUGUCAUGUGGGCGUAGUUUGUCGGCUAUGGCUGCAGUCAGGUAUUAUUGGAGCCAUCUAGCAUGCGGUUGCAAUGGCGUCUUCCCCACUCCUGCUCUGCUCUCGUCCCCGGAAAGAGCGACGGAGGCCUGAAGAAUGAGAGGCUGGAGUUGAGGCUCUGCUGACCCUUCCCCUUCCUCCUCCACCUUUCCCGCCCCCUUAGCUCCGCAUCGUCCCCGCCCCAUCCCCUGGCUGCAGCCCGCCCAGACGUCCAUCCAUCAUCCCAGCCCGAUGUACUCCCCCGAGCAGGAGAACAUCUGCACCACUUCCAUCAAAGUGCCAGUCAAGUAUGGAGAGCUCAUUGUGCUCGGGUACAAUGGCUCUUUGCCCAACGGCGAUCGAGGGCGACGUAAAAGUCGCUUUUCGCUCUGCAGACGACCAAAAGCCAAUGGAGUCAAACCCAGCACGGUUCAUGUCGCCUGUUCUCCGCAGGCUGCCAAGGCCAUCAGCAACAAAGACCAGCACAGCAUUUCGUACACGUUGUCGAGAGCGCAGACGGUGGUGGUGGAGUACACUCACGACAGCAAUGUAGACAUGUUUCAGGUGGGUCGUUCGACGGAGAGCCCGAUCGACUUUGUGGUGACGGACACAGUGGCGGGAAGCCAGUGCAACGGCGACACGCAAACGGUCCAGAGCACCAUCUCGCGCUUCGCCUGCCGUAUCAUGUGCCAGCGUGCGCCGCCUUACACCGCCCGCAUCUACGCGGCCGGUUUCGACUCGUCCAAGAAUAUCUUCCUGGGGGAGAAAGCCGCCAAGUGGAAGACACCCGACGGGCAGAUGGACGGCCUGACCACCAACGGCGUGCUGGUCAUGCACCCUCGCCGCGGUUUCAGUCAGGACUCCGGGCCCGGCGUGUGGCGGGAGAUCUCCGUCUGCGGGAACGUGUUUACUCUGCGGGAGACGCGUUCGGCACAGCAGCGGGGAAAAAUGGUGGAGUCGGAGUCUCAGGAGCUGGUGGAUGGCUCCCUGAUCGACCUGUGCGGCGCCACGUUGCUGUGGCGCACGGCGGAGGGUCUCUCGCGCACGCCCACUCUCAAGCACCUGGAGGCCCUGCGGCAGGAGAUCAACGCGGCGCGGCCGCAGUGUCCGGUGGGGUUCAACACGCUGGCCUUCCCAUCCAUGCGGCGCAAGGACACGCCGGACGAGAAGCAGCCGUGGGCGUACCUUCGCUGCGGCCACGUGCAUGGUUACCACGACUGGGGCAAUCGGCGCGAGGAGCGCGACGGGCGCCAGAGAGAGUGCCCCAUGUGCCGAGCUAAGGGGCCCUACGUGCCGCUGUGGCUAGGCUGCGAGGCCGCCUUCUACGUGGACGCCGCGCCGCCCACGCACGCCUUUGGACCCUGCGGCCACGUGUGCUCGGAGAAGACAGCCGCCUUCUGGAGUCAGAUCCCUCUGCCGCACGGCACGCACACUUUUCACGCCGCGUGCCCCUUCUGCGCGCACCAGCUGAGCGGCGAGCGCGGUUUCGUCAGACUCAUCUUCCAGGGACCCCUCGACUAGAUCAGGCGUCUCCCUCCGAUUUUUAAGUGACCUUUUCAACUAUUCCUUUUUCAUGAAAAAGAUUUCUAUAUUUUCCACGAAACUGCUGGAGAGACUUUGUGAUUGCAAACACAACAGUAUUUAUCCGAAACCAAAAGCUACACUGCGACUUAUUGUUGUCGAACUACAGGGCGACCCCCUCAAAAUAUGCUCGCGUUUAUGCGAAUCCCCAGAAAUUUGGCACGUUGGGUGAAAUUUCAGGAUGAUCGUAAAAGUUAUUAACCCUUUCAGGGACAGUUGUCACUACACUGAACUGCUAUUCAAAAUUUGCUUUCUCUGCGAACGCUGGAAAUUAAGAGUCAGGGCUUCAUCAAGGACCCCCCCCCCCCCCCCCCCCAAAAAAAAGGGGAUGAAUGUUAUCAUUACUCAUUCACUGCCAGCCCAGGUCAGUAGUCAGUAAAAGUAGGAAAAAUAUAUUGAAAAUAUAUAUGGACUGCAAUAGACGUCCAAUCCAUUUCAACUGGUAAUUCGAUCACUUCCAGACCCGACCUGUUAAAAUGGAUUGAUUAUUAUUAUUGGAUUAUUUGAAAUCACAAGAGAUUUAUUAAAAAAAAAGAUAAUAAUAAAAUAACCAUCAUCAAAUAAUAAAUUUCCCAGGGCAAAAAAACAUAAAGGCCACACUAAUCUUUUUUCCAUUUUUUACAAUUUUUCUGAAUAAUUUUUUGAACUGUUAAUAUAGCAUUAUUUUGAAAUGAUUUUUAAAAAUUCUUUUUUAUUUAUUACUUUUUUAAAAAUUAACCCCCUCAAAAAAUUUAACUCUCAAUUCAGUUCUUUUUUUUCUGUUUUUUUUUUUAUUGUCCAACCCUAAUGUCAAAUGGGGGCCACACAAUAUUGUACUGUAGGCCACAAUUGGCAGGUUUGAAUAUAUACAGUGAGGAGCAGAAGUAUUUGCACCGCUUGUGAUUUUGAAAGUUCCCCCACUUAGAAAAUAGGUAAAGGUCUGAAAUUUCAAUCAUAAAUGCGUUUCAAAUUAUAGCGACAUAAUCUGGAAGAAAAAAUCCAGAACUCACAUUUUAUGAUUUUUCAAUAAUUUAUUUGUAAUUUACUGGGGUUCAUAAGUAUUUGUACCCCGCAGAAUCAGCAAUAAUUAUGACACUCAAUGAUUUGUCAGUCUACCACCCACCCACCACCCGUUUUUUAUUGUCAUCUGUGGACAGUUGCAGAAAUGGUUAGAAAAUGAAAAAGACUAAACAUGACUGAUAAUCUACCUCGGACUGGGGCUCCAUGUAAAAUCUCUUCUCGUGGGGCAUCACUCAUGAUGAGAAAAGUGAGGACUCAGCCUAGAACUACAUGGCAGGAGCUUUUCAAUGACCUGAAGAGAGCUGGAUGCACAGUUUUAAAGGCUGUCAGUAGAACGCUACAGUGCAAUGGUUUAAAAUCAUGCAUAGCUCAGAAGGUUCCCUGUUGAAGCCAGUACAUGUGAAGGCCUGUCUGAAGUUGGCCAGGGACCAUCUGAAUGAUGCAGAGGGGUCUUUGUGGUCAGAUGAGACCAAAAGUAGAACUUUUUGGUGCAAACUUUAUUCGUCGUGUGUGGAGGAAAAAUAAGGAUGAGUACUAUCCCAAGAACACCAUCCCCACUGUGAAGUAUUGGGCUGGAAACUGCAUGCUUUUUGACAAAGGGGACAGGAUGACUGUACUGUAUAAAGCAGAGGAUGAAUGGUGAAAUGUACCGUCAGAUUUUGAGCCACACCUCCUUCCCGCCCUUCAAGACGAGUCAUGGCUGGAUCUUUCAACAUGACAAUUAUCCGAAGCACACAGCCAAUCUGACCAAGGAGUGGCUGCGUAAAAAACAUAUCAAGGUUCUGGAGUGGCUUAGCCAGUCUCCAGACCUCAAUCCUAGAGAAAAUCUUUGGAUGGAGGUGAAACUUCGUGUAUCUCAAUGACAGCCCCGAAACCUGACAGAUCUAGAGAGGAUUUGUGUGGAGGAAUGGGCCAAAAUUCCUGUUUCCAUAUGUAUAAACCUGGUAAAGAACUACAGACAAAGCGUCUGACCUCUAUAAUUGCAAACAAAGGCUUCUGCACUAAAUAUUAGCACUGAUUUUCUCAGGGGCACAAAUACCUAUGAACCCCAGUAAAUUACAAAUAAAAAUUAUUGAAAAAUACAGUGUGAGUUCCAGAUUUUUUUACAUGAUGUCUCUAUAAGUGGAAAUGCCUCUAUGAUUGAAAUUUCAGACCUCUACCUGUUUUCUAUUAUUAAGUGAACUUGCAAAAUCAUAAGGGGUGCAAAUACUUCUGCUCCCCACUGCAUUUAUGAAUGUAAUAACAUUUAAGAAAAAAAUCUAAUUCACGCACAAUAUUAUUCCUUAAAACACCUAAAUGAGUUAUGCGUGUCCAUUUUUCAAUGGCAAUAUUGAUACUCAAAAACAUUUUGUUUUUAGCUUUUUCCAUUUGUUAAAAAUGAACUAAUUCACUUCUGUUGACAGUGAUAGGUGUCCAACUCAUUUGGACUUGGAGGGCUGGCAGCUAACAUAUUUAUUAAGGAUGCAACAAUACUUGGUUUUACAUUGAACUCCCUCUUCGAUUCAAUACACAAAAUCAUUCAAUACAAUUGAAAAAGCUCCCAAAAUGUAUUUUCUGAACUUUUUUUGUGGUCUCUUUCGCUAUAAUGUCUGGCGCAUAUUUGCUUAAGGAGGCGACAGGCCGGCUUCAACGUCGUACGGAUCCGUUGUGUGGCAGCAUUUUGGGUUUGCUGAUACGCUAUCCCCACUCGUACAUAUUUAACAAGGACUGUCUUUACAGAUAUGUACAGCAAUGCCCGCCAAUGUAUUUUUGCCGACUUGGCUGCUACGUAUAGCCUCGGUUUGACACCAGACAGCUUAACACCCUGGGACACAGAGAGCUAACUCACGGUUACAUGAUGAACAAUGAGUGGCAAAUUAAGAGCGCUGUACUCGUCCUGUUUAUGGAAGUCGAUUGUCAAAUGCUGGUGUUGUGCAGUAAUGAGCAGACGUGACUUCUGUGGCGUUUGUUAACUUUUUAAUGCCCCGACAACACUCGCACACACUAGAUGUCAUCAAAUAGCAAACUAGAUGUGCUACGUUAGAUCCCCCAGAAGUCCCAUGCCAUUGGCUGCAUCAGCCCAGAGUGAUCAUGGGACGCAUAGUCCUUUUACUACAUCGAUGAAUUAAAAACCACCAUGACUGAAUGGAAGUUAAGCAGGCCAAAUCGAUCCAUACCAGUGACUAUAGAUAAUGCUGCAAAUAUUGUUAAUUCAGUACGUAACACAGAUGGACUGGACCACAAAUAGGAUGUUUUGCUAAUGUGCUAAACAUAGCUGCUAAAAAAGCUGUAGCAAUCAACUGUGUGCCCCACCUCACUUUACAAACAUUAAAGAUUGUUCUUAGCAGUUCGAUACAAAAUUUCUUCAGAUCAGUAAGAAGUAAGCACACAAAUAUCAUGCAGUAAAAUGCAUGUUUAUAUGAUGGAAAUGUUAUUUUUGCUUGUUAGCAAAAUAAAAAAACGUUUAAAAAAAAUAACACGUAUUUUUUGUUUCAGAGUUAAAUGUAUUGAAUCGAAUCGAAAAUCGUGUCCCUCGUAUUGAAAAUCGUACCGAACCGUGACUUAACUGUAUCGUUGCAUCCCUAAUAUUUAUAAAAUAAGAAAAAUUAGUCAAAGGGUCAUUUGUUUCCUAUGUUUGAAUGUUUUUAAGUGGUAAUUCCGCAAAGUUAGUGUUGUCAAUGUAAAAACUGCAUUUUUUUACAGCAAUUCUAGUUCAUCCAUUACCACAGUUAAUGAGUUAACAGAAGAUGGGUUUGUUUCACCCAACUACCUGGAAAAAAUCACAACAAUGCAAAACUUUAAAAGGGCUUUUAAAUGCAAAUACAAAUAUCCGACCUAAAAACCAUUCAUUUUAGGGGCCGCCCUGUAUUUUGUCUAUCAUAUUUUUUAUUAAAGGCUCUUAAGUCACAUCAAGGACAAUUUCCUUUGCUUUUAGGUGGUCACGUCUUCCGAGGGCUUUUCCGUGUUUUGUGUGCGUUUGUCCAAGUAGGAUCUGUCUGCGGCCUCCAAGACGGGAGGGUAACUUCCAGGUUACGUCUUCGCCCUUCCCUACGCCCCUUGUCUUGCAGGCCCCAGACAGAUACACUCGGUUUGUCCUAUUGAAACGUUUUGUCUCGUGUCGGCCUCUCCGAGCCGUUGACAAGCAAUAUCUUUUGUGAAAACCGACCUGAAGCAUUAUGGUUCGUCUGAGUGAUGCCGCUUCCUCAACCCUUUAAAGCAGCCCAGCCAUGUAGCGUCACACACACAAACAAAGGACUUCAGGCGCUUCUUGUUUUAUGAAUGCCGGUUUUGUGGAGUGGUUUGGAAACCGUGACUGUAUAUCCAUGAAUGUGCACGUUCUACCACAAGUUCAUUUGAUGCCCUAUCGUGUUGAAAAGGCGUGCUGUUGUAUUAUUCGCAUUUCGACAAAACUAGGGCGCAAAUAAGCUAUUGUUUUUCAUCAUGUUUAUCCCUACACCACCAUUUGGAAUAAUCGUAACAUCGACUUUUUUUUUUACAUUGUGUUUGUAAAUUAAAACUUGUUUUCGCUGAACUUUUCCCCUAAUUACUUGUAUCCCCCGACAUACUGGGCAACACUGGGUAACUUUUCAACCUUUAUAAAAUAUUUUCGUAACAUUUGUGAUAAUAUGUCAACUGACAACUAGUUGAAUGACACCUCUUUUAUAUCUUGACGGGGUCUGUAUCGCAUUCACUGGCAGUACCGUAUUGGCCAGAAUAUACGACAGGCCUGAUUAUAAGACGACCCCCUCUUUUUCAAGACCCAAGAUUGAAAAAAGACUUUUUGAACACCUAAUUCAUUUUUAUACAGAAUAUAAUUACAGUACAUCUGAAACAAAUGAUUAUAACAAUAUAUUUGAGAGAAAAAGCAUGUUAUUUUGCCUCAUUCAAAUCUUAAUAUCUGAACAUUUAAAUAUAUAAACUAGGGUUGUUCCGAUCAUGUUUUUUUGCUCCCGAUCCGAUCCCGAUCGUUUUAGUUUGAGUAUCUGCCGAUCCCGAUAUUUCCCGAUCCGAUUGCUUUUUUUUGCUCCGGAUUCAAUUCCAAUCAUUCCCGAUAAUUUUUCCCGAUCAUAUAUAUUUUGGCAAUGCAUUAAGAAAAAAAUGAAUGAAACUCGGACGAAUAUAUACAUUCAACAUACAUAAGUACUGUAUUUGUUUAUUAUUUGUUAUGCUCAAGAUGGCAUUUACAUUAUUAACAUUCUUUCUGUGAGAGGGAUCCACGGAUAGAAAGACUUUUGACUUUGUAUAUUGUGACUAAAUAUUGCCAUCUAUUGUAUUUGUUGAGCUUUCAGUAAAUGAUACUGUAGCCAUUUAACUUCUGCCCAAAUGCAUGAUGGGAAGUGCAGCCAUGACUGUGCGUCGUGGUACCAAUUGAUAUAUCUUCUCUGCGUCGGGCAAUAACAUAAGGUGUUAAGAAAAAGAUCAAUUGCUUCCCCAUAUUGCUUCCCAUGAUAUUUCUAAUCGUAGGGAGAGGGAUUGUAAGGCUUUAGUCUAUUAAAAAAAGGCUGCCAAAAUUCACUCUACUCAUUUUAUGCUACCUUUUAUCUCUCUAAAUCGGUAAAAUGGCGCCAUGACAGAUUGAGUGCAAUCAUGUGUGAGUGGGUCGUGCAACGCAUGCAUUAAUUGCGUUAAAUAUUUAACGUGAUACAUUUUUAAAAAACUAAUUACCGCCGUUAUCGGGAUAAAUUUGAUAACCCUACCUUAAGCCUAAACUAAAGACUCUGGAUGAGUGUAACAUAUUAUGUCUGUAACGUUAAAUACAAUUAGAAAACGAUUGAAUUCAAAAUUAUAUAUAUAUUAAAAAAAGGCAUGGCCAAUAUUUUUUUGCCGAUUCCGAUACUUUGAAAAUGACGUGAUCGGACCCGAUCGAUCGGGACAUCUCUAAUGUAAACUAAAGUGCAAUCACAUUCGUUAAAGAAUGGCUUCUGGUUUUUGAAAUGUAAAUAAACCAAUCUAUUGUGGUAAAACAACAAAAUUGCAAUAACUGCAUUAACCAUCAAAGUGAAGUCUAACUGUAACUAGUCUUGAAACAAAUUUGAAUAAGGAAAAACAUUGCAAUAAAAUAAUGCAAACUGGUUAAACUUGAGAGUAGCUGAGAUCUGUCAUGGCAGAACAUCGCUUCAAUGAUAUCUGGCGCCAUCUAGCGCCGUGAAUGGGUAUAAUGUCUAGACGGCAAAUAUAAGACGACCCCCACUUUUUCAGUCUUAUUUCAAUGCAAAAAACAACUUAACUUUAAGGAGGGUGGCAGGAACCCUGCCACACAAAAACAAACUACAAAUCUGCUGACUGCUUUACGGCAUACGUCACUUCCCCCAUUCCCCAUUCAUUAUGAAGACCCAAGUCGAUGCAAACGCUGAAAAGAUGGCAGAGCAACAAAAGAGACAAAAAGUUUUGACUGAAGAGGAAAAAGAAAGGGCUGAUACCAGAAUAUACAGAAUAAAACAGAACAUCAGCGCUGACAAGUUCGGGUGGGAUUAGCCACAUUAAGCAACACGGUUGCUAACCGUCAUAUGCUAUUGUUAAGCCACUACUUGAGUCGUUACCUUAUUACUAUUCGUCCUUCACACAUCCGCUGAAAACAAAUGCUAUUUUUAUCCAACUGCAGGCGACCGGGAGAUUGAUUUUUGAUUAAUUGAUGAUUUUACAACACUGUUCGGGUGUGCGGUGGUCCUCAUGGGAAAUGCAGCACUGAUCGUCAUGGGAAACGCAGUCUUCGUUAAUUCGGAUUUUUUUUUACAUCAGGCUUAAUCUUCAAGUUAGUGAGGGUUUAAUUAGUCAGUGGAGUUGAUUUCAACAAAUUCCGUGUAGUUUGUUAGUUAUUUGUUAGCUUCGGGGCUCUGCAGUGGCUAAGCUAGCGCGAGUUAGCAUGCCAAUAAUAAACAAUACAGAGGUGGGUAGAGUAGCCAGAAAUUUUAAUCAAGUAAGAGUAGCGUUACUCCAAAAUUAUAUUACUCAAGUAGUUAUCCUAAAAAUGUACUCAAGUACAAGUAAAAAAGUAUUUGGUGAAAACAUUGUGAGUAGCUGCUUAUAUUUAUGUUGGAUUCUUUUUUAAACAAUGGUAUUUUUCCUCUGCCAAAGUUAUCUAUAAGGACUGUUAUUAAAAUGAUACUGUACAAUAACCCAUUACAUAACCACAUUUAAGCCGACGAGAGAGAAAAAAAAUCAUAAAUGCAGCAUUAUUCGUCCAAAGAGCAUGACUGCCCUCUGGUGGAGAAAAUAGUUCAUAGUUUGAAUAGUGAAGAGUUCCUUCAUAAUUACAUUUUUUAAAUUAAAAGGAUGAUAUCUCCGGUUUUCUGUGGUCAGUCGGUGUCAAGUAAAAACUGGGAGAGAGGUUUAAAUCUGCACUUUUGAGAAAUGUUGAGGGCAGCGCUCUAUAUAAAAUACUUAGGUGCUUUAAAGACACCGUAUGAUUGAACAGGCUGGUGUGAAGCUAGAACAGCAAGCUUGCAUCUGAUUGGUAUAAUGGAGUCGUGAUUAUUGUUGCGAUGUCUCAUUGGUGAAAUCGGUAGCGCUACCCCGGUACUAUAACAUGGAUGUCUCUACUCUUGUUAUCACCGGCAAAAAAUAAUAAUAAAUCUAAUAUGUAGACUAAAGAGGAAAAAUGUAAAGACUCUUUUGUAGCCCAAAGUAGCGGAGUAAGAGUAGUGUUUUUUCUUCACAAAUCUACUCAAGUAAAAGUAAAAAAGUAUAGCUUAGUAAAACUACUUUUAGAAGUACAUUUUUCUCAAAAAUUACUCAAGUAAACGUAACAGAGUACAUAUGAUGCGUUACUACCCACCUCUGUGCACACAUGAAAAUCAUUGAUGACCCGUACAAUUAAUAGUUUUGGCUAUGUUUUCAGGGUAAAUUUAUUAAAACUUACCAUUGCAUGUCAAUAAUUGCAGUAUGAACAUCAAUACAGUGCCCUCCAUAAUUAUUGGCACCCCUGAAAAAGAUUGUGCUGUUGAUUGUGUUUUUUAGCUUCUAAUAAUUUUUUUUAUUCAAAUAAUAUGGGACCUC